GUGAGAAGUCUGGAGUUUAAAAAGACAGGACGCUUCUCUCACACACGCAGACGCGCUUCAGCUUCCAGUGAGAGAAACUUUACCUCAGACUCUUGUAUCAGACAGAAGAAUCCAAACAUUUUCAGUGAACUCUAUAAAAACUGCUACCAGAGAUUGGGAUAAACUGCUCAAGGACUCAAAGCCAACGCGCCCUCACCAAAUGGAGCCAACGCCGGAAUACACCGAGACGUACGACUACUACGAUACUGGCUAUAAUGACUCUGGGUGUGACUACUCGGAGUGGGAGCCGUCUUACUCUCUCAUUCCCGUGCUGUACAUGCUCAUUUUUAUCCUCGGUCUGUCCGGGAACGGCGUGGUUAUCUUCACCGUGUGGCGCGCGAAAUCCAAAAGGCGCGCGGCAGAUGUUUAUAUCGGCAACCUGGCGCUCGCGGACCUGACGUUCGUCAUCACGCUGCCGCUGUGGGCUGUGUACACCGCGCUGGGCUACCACUGGCCAUUUGGCGUGGCCCUCUGCAAGAUCAGCAGCUACGUGGUGCUGGUCAACAUGUACGCCAGCGUCUUCUGCCUGACCUGCCUGAGUUUUGACCGCUACCUCGCCAUCGUCCACUCUCUGUCCAGCGGUCGGCUCCGAUCCCGUGCCACCAUGCUGGCAUCGCUGGGUGCCAUCUGGUUGCUCUCAUGCUUGCUGGCGGUUCCCACGCUCCUGUUCCGCACUACAGUAGACGACACCGGGAGCAACCGCACCACCUGUGCCAUGGACUUCAGCUUGGUCACUCUCAAUCAGGAUCACGAAUCCCUCUGGAUUGCAGGACUGAGCCUUUCCUCGUCCGCUCUCGGGUUUCUUCUGCCUUUCUUGGCCAUGACCGUCUGCUACUGCUUCAUCGGCUGCACAGUCACCCGCCACUUCAGCCACCUGCGCAAGGAAGACCAGAAGAAGCGGCGUCUCCUCAAAAUCAUCACCACACUAGUAGUGGUCUUCGCUUUCUGCUGGACGCCUUUCCAUGUGCUGAAGAGCAUGGAUGCGCUGUCCUACCUGGACUUGGCGCCCAACUCCUGCGGGUUCCUCCACUUUUUGCUUCUGGCUCAUCCGUACGCCACAUGCCUGGCGUACGUCAACAGCUGCCUCAAUCCGUUCCUCUACGCCUUCUUCGACCUGCGGUUUCGCUCGCAGUGCCUGUGUCUGCUGAAUUUGAAGAAGGCCAUGCAUGGGCACAUGAGCUCCAUGUCCUCCACCCUCAGCGCCCAGACUCAGAAGUCAGAGGUGCAGUCGCUGGCCACCAAAGUGUGAUUGAGAAGAAUCAAAAACAUGAAGGCAAAACUCUGGGGGUGAUAGGUGACGGCUGGUCCGUCCUGAUGGACAUGUUGCUUUGUUUGUAAAUAACACUCAUAGUUUGGUGUACUCUACUGUAUUGAUCGAUGAGUGGAUGCAAGUGUGAAUUUAUGUUCGCUGACAUCUAUUUUUUUUGGCUUUGACACUCAAAAUCGCACACAAAAACUAUCCAAGCAAAAAAGAAAGGUCAAAAAAGUAAAGAAAAAAAUUAUAUUCUGACCACAGUGGUGCUGCACUGAGGAUGAACUUGCUUGUGCUGCUGUAAGAGUGUGUGAUUGUAUUGAAGCCUGUAUACACUGGUGUAGAGAUGCAAAUUGUACAGUAUUUUCAUACUAUUUUUUCUUGUUAAUUCAGAAAUGUGUUCAGUAUUUGUAGCACUUGUUAAGAGGAGAUAUAAAAAUUAUAAUUUUUGUUAACAAACUCCUUGGUGUGGAUGUGUGUGUUAUUUGAUGAGUGAGUGAGUAAAUGGAUGAGUGGGUGUGUGUGUUACAGUGUGAAGGUGAUGCUGCUUGAUUAGAUACAGUAGUUUAAAGCGCAGACAGAGAGUCAGGGCAUUUGAGGGGGGUGUUUGGGUGGGCAGACAGACAGAUGGCUGGUGACAAAUGUCUCUGGGGAAAAGGAAAAAAACGGAGGAAGGGAACAAAAUUUGGGGGGUGUAAAGAUAUAUAUUCAUGAAAUGAUGUUAUAUUUUUUGAAACUUCUGUAACUAACUACUGCUACUGUAUUAAAUAUGCUCCUUGAAUACAAGACCGUCUUAGCGUCAUUAAACAUGAUUAUGCAUUGGUGCACAUAAUGCAAUUCACAUUUAAAUCCAUCUACACUUUCUAAAGUGCUUGAAUAUUUUUGUA